ACCGCUGAAUAUUCGGGCGCCACCGCACAUAUUCGUCGGCUGCUCAUCGGAGCUCUCCUCCUCCGCAACCCUAACCCUAACCCUAAUCCUCCUCCUCAUCUUUAUCGUUCGCCGGCGCCUUCGUGCUACUACUGAUGGAGUCCUCCUCCUCUUCUGAUAGCGAUCGCGACGAGGGCUUUGAGGCGGAUAUGGAGGCCCUGCGGAGGGCUUGCUUGCGUAACGGUGCCAACGCCGCCGACGCCGCCGACGUAGACUCUGACUCUGAUGCCUACUCCGACCCUGAGAGCAGCGGGAGUGAUGACAUAGGCCUCCUCUGUCGCCUAAAGGAGCGCUUCUCUUCUCCGCUCCCCUCUACGCAUCUACCGCCCUUCGUCAAGCCUUUGAACAUUCUUCUGCCAGAUGGCUUAGGUGGUGGUGACGAUGAUAAUGAUGAUGAUUUGGAAACCCUUCGUGCUAUCCAGAGGAGGUUUGCACAGUAUAAGAGCGAUUCUUUAGAAGGAAAGCCUGAGAAAUGUCUCGAAGAAGUUGAAAGUAUUUCCACUGAUGUUAUUUCUGGACCAGAAACUCCAAAUAGGUCUAUGGAGUUCUUUAAAGAACAUGGGCACAAUGAUACUCAAUUGAAACCUGUAAAUUAUGAAGCAUGCAAUUCGAAUGUUAGGAGUUUUGGGCCCUCAAUGUUCCCCCAAUCUGUUCAAAAUUUUGUUGUUGCUCUCAAGAGGAACAGAUUGUAUCAAAAGUUUAUUAGGAGGAAGCUGAUAGAAAUUGAAGCAAAUAUUGAAAAAAAUAAGGAACUGAAAAAACGAGUUAAAUGUCUUAUGGACUUUCAGACUGCAUGCAAAAGGAAGGUGACGAUGACUACAUGCCAAAAAAAGGAUCCUCGUGUCGUAUUAAUAUCUGCAAAGAAGCCCAUGCCUGACAAAUCUUCAAAGGCAAUGUUGAAGAAAGUUCCUGCUUUAUGUUUUGGCCCAGAUGAGAACUCUCAUGUUUCUACAUAUAGAAUGGUACUUGAAAGAUUCCCCGUUUCACUUAAUAAACGACCAUGGUCAAAGAUUGAGAAAGACAAUCUUGCAAAAGGAAUAAAGCAACAGUAUCAAGAGAUGCUGCUUUUGAACUCAAUGAAUAUGGAAAGUGACAAAGAGUGCACAUCAGAUUCAAAUCUAAUGUCUGCAGUGACACUAAGUCAUCUCGAAUUCACACCUGAAAUGUGUAGGUCAUUUAUACCAAUGGUAAAUUGGGAUCGUUUAGCUUCCAUGUAUAUCUUGGGGCGUUCAGGUGCAGAAUGUGAAGCAAGGUGGUUGAACUGUGAGGAUUCUAUGAUCAAUCAUGAACCUUGGACAGCAGAGGAGGAUAAGAAGCUUCUAUUUAUUUUACAAGAAAGGGGCAUUUACAAUUGGAUAGAAAUUUCAAUCACAUUGGGUACACAUCGAACACCAUUCCAAUGCUUAGUACGUUACCAACGGAGUCUUAAUCCUCAUAUUCUUAACAAGGACUGGACAGAGGAAGAAGAUGCACAGCUUCGUGCAGCUGUAGAGAACUAUGGCGAAAAUAACUGGCAGAUCGUAGCUUCUUGCUUAGAAGGACGUUUGGGUAAUCAAUGUUCUAAUCGGUGGUCCAGAACCGUUAACCCUGCAAGGAAGAAAGUAGGCAGGUGGUCAGUCGAUGAGGAUAAACUGCUAAAAGUAGCAGUGAAGCUAUUUGGGGCAAAAAAUUGGGUUAAGAUAGCUCAGUUUAUACCAGGUCGGACCCAGAUACAAUGUCGAGAAAGGUGGCUUAACUGUUUGGAUCCAUCCUUGAAUUUACAACCUUGGACUGCAGAAGAGGAUAUCAAGCUCUUAGAUGCUGUUGCAAUUCAUGGAAAUUGUUGGUCCAAAAUUGCUACUUGCAUUCCUCCACGCACUGACAACCAAUGCAGAAGGAGAUGGAAGAUUCUUUGCCCUGAAGAAUUGCUCAUGCUUCAAUCUGCAACGCAGAUAAAGAAGAGUGCGCUUAUUUCUAAUUUUGUAAGCCGAGAAAGAGAGCGACCAGCAAUUGGUACUAAGGACUUUACGUCUGUUCUUGGUUCUACUAUGGUUCAGAAAAUUGCCGGUCCAAAAGUAAGGAAGAGAAAGCUAAGGGACGAUCAACCUAAGAAGUUGACAACUAGGACCAGAAAAGUCAAAGGAAACUCAGAAAAGGUUAAUUUCAUAAACAGGGAUAAUAUACCAAGAAAGUCCAGAUCUAAAUCCAUAAGGCACUGUAAAGAUAAUGCAACUGAAGAUUGUAUGAGAAAUACAACAGCCAAUAUACUGCCAGAGAAUGCAGAAACUGUAAUUGUUGUAAGCUUGACUGCUGGGCAAGGUAUGUGCCUUGAGAAGACAAUGGAUAAAAGUUUGAGUGAAAAUCCAAGGACCUCAAAUAUCAACUCCAAAGUAUCUGCUCUAGCAAAUUCAACACCAGAUGGCACAUCUAAUCCUUCAGUUGAUGCUGCUCCUGAUGAAAAUCAAAGUACCUCAAUUAUCAACUCCAAAGUACCUGCUCUAGCAAAUUCAGCAGCAGAUAAAAGAUUUAAUUCUUUAGCCGAUGAAGCGGCUAAUGAUUUGCCUCUUGUUUUAUGUUUGAAUGCUACUUCUAGUGUGGACACUAAAAGGAAAAGAAAGAAAGCAAGUGAAAAUCUAUAUACAUCGAGGAUCAACUCCAGAUCACCUUCUAUAGAGAGUUUGACAGAUUGCAUAGCCAAUUCUUCGGUUGAUAUUAGAAGGAAAAUCACUUCCAAUGGGAAUAUUACAAGGAGCUCGAAAGCAAGUACGAAUCUACUCCACAUAUCUCAAGUACAAAAAUCUUGUGAGGAAAAUGUUGUAGAACUUGGCGUGCCCAAUACUUCCGAACUUGUUCCUCCUGAUUUGCAUUCUUUUGGUGCUAAUUCUAAUACUUCUAUCCCAGAGUGUGUCAGUUGGCCAACCAAGAAAAGGAAAAGAAGUAAGCCACAAGGUGCUCUAGCUCGUGUAAGUGAUGACAACAAUUUACUGGCGUCUGGGGUUGAUACUUCUGUUGUCCGUGACACUGAGAGAGCAAUGAGUAUGGGCUCAAGUUUAAAAGGGCCUGCUGAAGACGGUCAAAUGCAGAACUCUCAUGAACUUUGCCAGGAAACAAACACACAAUCUGAAGAAGCUAACAGACCUACCAUAUAUAAUGACAGCAAUGACUAUUUGUUUCUUUCAACAUUUUGUAAUAUGGAAAAAGGAAAACUGGGUUGUACAAUUAAGACAAAGAGCGCACAAACUGCAAAUUCAACUAUUAUACAGUCUACGGAUGUUAGUAUUGAUGGCGUUGGCGAUGUAUCUCCAGCCAUGCUUCAUGGGAGUGCCAAAGGAAAACAGUCACGUAUACUUACUGAAGAGGAAACAAGGACUAAUGCUGAUUCAUCUAAGCAAGGAGCUCUACCGGAUACCAAUGUCCAAGAUGAUGAUUGCUAUCUUUCCACAUUUUAUGAGCGAGUGAAAAGACACCAUCGUGACAAGUCAAGAAAAAUGUAAUCUGCCUUAGAUCAGUAACACCAAGUAUUAGAAGCAUCUAUUGAAUGCAAAUACCUAGCUAGCCGGCAAUCAUCAAUUUGUUUCUUUCUAAAACAGUACAAUCUGGGAGGAAGUUAACUGAAAUCAUCAACUGUGUUGAUUGGCACUACUUCAAGAUCUCGGGUUCAGUAGCAGCAACAGCAUGGAAGUAAGAUCUUUGUGCCAUUGAUUCUGGCACUUUUCGAGACAAACUAAUGUUGAGUCCUGGCUGCAAUGUGCUUCGGAGGCUGCCUAAAUCAGUUUAGCAAGUUGCGAUCUUUUUCCUGAUUUAUAUGGCAAGAUUGUACGGAAACCAUUCCUCGGGGCAUUCCAGUCAAUUUGUUUCCAUACUGGAUUUUGAUUGAUUGAGGUCUGAAUGAUUUUCAUAUAUACGAGGGAGCCAAUUUAUGGAGCACACGGAUUUGAAGUUUUCAAAUGGAGUGUAAAUGUGCUCGUACUGUUUGGUUGGAGGAAUACUUAUUUUACCAUUUUUUUUUUCUUAUUUUUUUAUAUUUAGUUGUAUACACAAAUUUGGAUUUUUUUUUAAUGGAAUUCUUUCUUAAAAUUGAUCGAAUAGGACGGAUUGAUUCCCUGAACUUAUAGGUUGAUUGGGAACAAGUCAGAUAGAAAAGAAGGGUUGAGUUGGAGUGGGAUCGAACGAGCAAGGCUGGUCGGAUGAUCUUGAUGCAUGGGCAAACUCAAUGGGCUGGUGUUGGAGCUGUGGGUUUAUAUAGUUGGCUCGAUUUGACGAUGGAGUAAGAUGUUUGGAUGAACCAAUCAAAUGGGUCAAGGUGAUCAUGAGGGCUCAUCAACCUAACAAGCGGAGGUUUGAGAUGAGAAUGCUCGGCUUUCUAUCAAGCAAACAGCAUGAGUCAAGUAACUAGGUAAAUUUUUUGAGCAGGGUAUCAAAGUGUCUUGUUAUUCAUGUGUUGAUAAAACCAAGCAAACCGAACGACCCAGGAUUACUUCAGUGUUAAUGGAGUUAAUCCUCCUCUCUCUUACAAUUUUAUUAAAUUAAUCAAUACAUUUUAUUCAAA